AUGAACUUGAUAGCGAUGAACGACAAGGAUGAGAUCUAUGAGGAUCCUGAGUCUACUGAGGUUGAUGAGAGCGAGGACACGGAUGAUACGGGAGCGAGUGUGGAGGCAGCAGUGAAGCAGGAAGAAGAGAUAGUCACCAUGGAGGCAGCAGCGGUGAAUGAUGGAGAUGGAGAUGGUGUCAACACUUUUGCAGCAGCGGUCGUGGUUAAAGAUGAAGCAGUAAAUGCGAAGUGUGUGGGAGUUGAAGCUGUGAAAGGGGGCAUCAUGGUGAAGGGAUCAACGGCGAAUGCAACUGCAAAGGGGCGAGUGCUUAUGAAAGAGGAACACGUUGAGGGGUACAAGACCCGAGAGGUGUUGGGUGCUAAGAUUCUGAGGAGAAGCGAGAGGCUUAAGAAGAUGCCUCAUGGUUUGGAUAUUAAGGCGCUCAACUUCAAGACACACCCCACGUGUGCGCUCUCCCUCCCCCCGUCUGUGCGCUCUCCCUCCCCCCCCCCCCGUGUGUGCGGUCUCCCUCCCCCCGUGUGUGCGGUCUCCCUCCCCCCGCGUGUGCGCUCUCCCUCCCCCCGCGUGUGCGCUCUCCCUCCCCCCGUGUGUGCGCUCUCCCUCCUCCCGUGUGUGCGCUCUCCCUCCUCCCGUGUGUGCGCUCUCCCUCCCCCCGUGUGUGCGCUCUCCCUCCCCCCGUGUGUUCGCUCUCCCUCCUCCCGUGUGUGCGCUCUCUCUCCUCCCGUGUGUGCGCUCUCUCUCCUCCCGUGUGUGCGCUCUCUCUCCUCCCGUGUGUGCGCUCUCUCUCCUCCCAUGUGUGCGCUCUCUCUCCUCCCGUGUGUGCGCUCUCUCUCCUCCCAUGUGUGCGCUCUCUCUCCUCCCGUGUGUGCGCUCUCUCUCCUCCCGUGUGUGCGCUCUCCCUCCUCCCGUGUGUGCGCUCUCUCUCCUCCCGUGUGUGCGCUCUCUCUCCUCCCGUAUGUGCGCUCUCUCUCCUCCCGUGUGUGCGCUCUUCUCUUCCCCUCUGGUAGACUGGCAGAUGCCGAGACGGUGCUGGUGGGGUGGACGUACUCCCGCUGGAGUCCUGAAAUCGCCACUUCCCCCCCUGUGUGCGCUCUCUCCCCCUUCCCCCUCUCUGUGCCGCCAGGACGCCAAGACGGUGCUGGUGGGCUGGAGGUUAUCCCUCUAAGGGGCCAACACGGUGGUGGUGGGUUGGAGAAUUUUCCGCUGGAAUCCCUUUUGUUGACUCUUCCACCCCCUAUGAUGUGUGCCCUUUCCCCCCAUGUGUGCCCUCUCCCCCCAUGUGUGCCCUCUCCCCCCAUGUGUGCCCUCUCCCCCCAUGUGUGCCCUCUCCCCCCAUGUGUGCCCUUUCCCCCCAUGUGUGCCCUCUUCUCCCCUUCCCGGUCCUCGCUAUCAGGACGCCAAGACGGUGCUGGUGGGGUGGAGGACGCCAAGACGGUGCUGGUGGGGUGGAGGUACUCCCGCUGGAGCCCCAGAGUGCGCACGUGGCAACCCUUCCCCCGCAUGUGUGUGCUCUUCCCCACCCCCCUCAAACCCCCUCCACCCCUCUCCCCCCCCCUCCCAGGACGCCAGGACGGUGGUGGUGGGGUGGAGGUACACCCGCUGGAGCCGCAGAGUGCGCACAUGGCCAGCCCCUCGUGUCCACAUUCACUUCUUGCCCUCAACUCCUCACACUUCUCUCUCUCCCCGCCCUCACACCUCUCUAGCCUUCUCCCAACCUCCCCCACUCUCCCUUUCCCCUACACACCUUCGUCGCUCUUCCCACAUGCGCACACCCUUUCUUGA